AGUGGGGUCAACAGUGGAUUGGUCCGCGCCAAAGACUCCAUCACCAGCUUGAAGGAAAAGACCACCUGGGUUAACCAGCACGUGCAGACUCUGCAGAGUGAGUGUUCUGUGCUGAGCGAGAAUCUGGAGAGAAGGCGGCAAGAGGCAGAAGAGUUGGAGGGGUACUGCAUUCAACUCAAGGAGAACUGCUGGAAGGUGACGCGGUCUGUGGAAGCUGCUGAAAUCAAAACCAAUGUCUUGAAGCAGAAUUCUGCCCUGCUGGAGGAGAAGCUGCGCUACCUCCAGCAGCAGCUGCAGGAUGAGACGCCGCGACGGCAGGAGGCCAAGCUGCAGGAGCCGGAGCAGCAGCAGAAGCCGGAGGCUGGCCUCUCCCGGAACGGCCUGGGCCCCGCCGCCACGUCCCAGGGCUGCCCCGGCCCGCCAAGGAGUCCCGACAAACCCUCGCGGCCUCGCGGCCUGGUCCCCGCAGGCUGGGGAAUAGGGCCUCGGGCAGGUGAGGGCCCCUACGUGAGCGAGCAGGAAUUGCAGAAGGUGUUCACCGGCAUCGAGGAGCUGAGGAGAGAGGUGUCCUCGCUGACCGCUCGGUGGCAUCAGGAGGUGGGGGCGGUUCAGGAAGCCCUGCGACUGCUCGGGGGCCUGGGCGGCAGGGUCGACGGCUUCCUGGGCCAGUGGGAGUGGGCACAGCGCGAGCAGGCACAGACGGCGCGGGGCUUGCAGGAGCUGCGAGGUCGGGCGGACGAGCUGUGUAAGAUGGUGGAGCGGUCAGCAGUGUCUGUGGCUUCACUGAGGAGCGAACUGGAGGGGCUGGGCCCACUGAAACCCAUUCUGGAGGAGUUCGGGCAGCAAUUUCAGAACUCUCGAAGAGGGCCUGACCUCUCCAUGAACCUGGAUCGGUCCCAACAAGGCAACUGUGCCCGCUGUGCCAGCCAGGGGUCGCAGUUGUCCACGGAGUCCCUGCAGCAGCUGCUGGACCGAGCGCUGGCCCCGCUAGUGGACGAGGUGAAGCAGAGGGGCCUGACUCCUGCCUGUCCCAGCUGUCAGAGGCUACACAAGAAGAUUCUGAGAGGCAGUGCGUUGUACGAGAUCAUUGGGGUCAGCUAUAUUGAG